UUGUUGUCCCUUUUCGUAGCUCGCUCUUAUGUACAGGUCUUAUGAUUUGGACUUCGAAUUCAUGAAUACAAUGAUGAGCUAUGAGGCGCUCGGGCAUCGACUGCAAUGGACAAAGAAGCUCAUGCUCCCAGUCCCAAUGAUGGAAAGUUGGUCGCUAUAUGUUGUGGAUGUCAAAGAGAGGACAUUGUUGGUCAUGGACCCAUGUGAGACUUCAGAGCCAAUUGAGGAGAUGCAGUACAAGCAUGAAGACAAUGCAAACUUCAUCCUAGCGGGACUUAGGCGUUGCAUACAUGAGAACAUCACUGGGUGGUAUGUGCCGGCUCAGGGCUGGACGAUCAACUACAACGUUGGCAUGCAUGAAAGCUGCGAGAUAGAGGAUAGCUGGCUGCACAUUAUCAACUACAGCAGGGAGUACACUGGGCUAUAUCUUCAGACUCAGCUAACCCCAGGGCGCCUAAACUACCUGCGACAAUCCAUAGCAUAUGAAGUUAUCUCAAUGAGGGGCAAUGUGGGUGAGCUGCCAGACUUCAUGGUUGAGGAGGUGCUGCCAUUCUAA